AUGACGCUCAACGUUGCAGAGCAUGUUUCCUUUGAAAGGGCCAGAGAAAAUCUCGAUAUGAAGAACCCUAGCUCUGGAAGCCCUGUUCACUUGGAACACGUCGUAUCGAUUUUCCCCGACCACCAAGCUCCAGACGACACAAUCUGGGAGAAUAACUCUCUUCAAAACCCCCGCAACUGGUCUAGUUCGAAGAAAAAUGCACAAAUUCUAAUGGUGGCUUUUCAUUCUAUGAUGGGAACCUUCAUGGCCGCCGGUAUCAUACCGGCUUAUGACACUUUUGCGGAAGACUACAACAUAACUGUCCCCGAUGCCAGCUAUCUGACCUCAUUUCAGAUCCUACUGCUCGGCCUAUCACCUUUGAUUUGGAACCCAAUCACCGCAAUCUACGGCCGAUAUCCAGUGACUUUAUUUUCGGUUUUCGGAAGUAUGAUUUGCAAUAUUGGCGGCGCACGAUGCACAUCAUAUGGUGCACAGAUGGCGACUCGGGUUAUCACAGCGUUUCUGAUCUCUCCUCCCAUUGGAAAUGGCAGCGGUGUCAUAACAGAGCUUUGUGAACCUGAACAUCGGGGCAAAAAGCUAGGGUGGUGGACCUUGAUGACCACAAUAGGUACACCAGCAGGUCCGUUUUUCAUGGGAUUCGUGAUUAAAAAUAUCGGGGUUCAGUGGAUCUUUUGGAUCUUUGCCAUUAUCAACUUGUGCCAGUUCUUAUUUUACCUUGCUUUCGGCGAUGAGACAAUAUACAAUCCGGAGAAUGAGCGCCAGACGACUGGAGUUUGGGGCAAGAUGAUUCCCCGAAAAAUCAGCUCACAUUCCUUGAAGCUACAGGAUAUUAUUGCACCAUUUUCUCUUGCUCAAUACCCGCGCAUUUUAAUUGCUGCAUGUGCCCAUGCCAUCACCUUUUGCUAUGCAAAUAUUGCUUUGGUCGUCGAAAUGCCCAUCGCAUUCGGUGAAAAGUUCCACUUCGAUGCCCAACAGAUCGGGCUCCAGUUCAUUGCCAUAGUCAUUGGUUGUGUAUUAGGCGAACAAGUUAGUGGACCAAUGUGUGAUUGGUUUCUUGGCCGUGUUCGUAAGAGCAGAGGGAGCUCGUGCCCAGCCGAUCGCCUUUGGCUCUCUUACAUUGCUUUUGGUACUAUAUUCGCUGGUCUACUAACCUGGGGCUUUCAAUUAGAGCAUGCGACAACUUGGAAUGUCACUCCUUGUGUCGGUGCCGCGAUUGCGAGCUUUGGUAACCAAAUGCAGACCACUAUUCUCACAACCUUUGCCGUCGAGAGCAAGAAGGAACGUGCGAGCCAGGUUGGAGUUUUUGUCAAUAUCUGCCGACAAAUAUAUGGAUUUCUUGGGCCCUUUUACUUCCCGGAUAUGUUUACCACGUUGGGGCUGGGUGGAGCUUCGGGUGUAAUGGUUGCAGUUAUCGCUGGCUGUGCCUUGUUUCCAAUCAUGGCGGUUCAAUUUGUCGCAUCUCGCUCGGACAAGCAUUAA